UUUAUGAUCUUUGACCCCUGUUGCUUAGCAACAAACAAACUGCAGCGUAACAAGAAGAUGAGCGUGAUUCCUGCAGCUGCAUCGCUCGUGAAGUAUGACACUCCCGUGCUCAUCAGUAGGAACACUGACAGAAAGAAGGGUCGCCCCAAGCAACAACCUACGGUAGCAGCGAUGGGCGGUGGUGGUCCGGUGCCUAGUCCUCCUAAGGCCAAGUCGAGCCCAGCGGAGACUCAGAAGAGUCAGCAGACGGAAGAAAUCCUGGACAGUGUCUUGCCUCCUCGAGAGUGGUCAGAAGAAGGUCAGCUUUGGGUGCAGAGAGUGUCCAGUACUCCAGCCACCAGACUAGACGUCACCAACCUACAGGAGCAACUGGACACUUUGUUGCAGCAGAGACAGGCUCGAGAAACUGGCAUCUGCCCAGUUCGCAGAGAACUCUAUUCUCAAUGUUUUGAUGAGGUGAUUAGACAAGUGACUAUAAACUGUGCAGAGAGAGGCAUUCUUCUUCUAAGAGUUCGAGAUGAGAUCAGAAUGACAAUUGCAGCCUAUCAAACCCUGUAUGAGAGCAGCACCGCUUUUGGCAUGCGGAAGGCUCUGUUGGCAGAGCAGGGGAAAGUGGACCUCCAACAGAAGAUCGAGGAGUUGGAAAAAGAGCAGAGAAAUCUUGAGCAUCAGGUGAUGGAAUUACGUAACAAGUGUGACACAAUAGAGAAAACAGAGGCAGAAAAGAGGCAGUUGUCAGAGAAGAAGCACCAGGAGGAGCUCCAGGCCCUCAGGAAGACUAACCAGCAGCUGAAGGCUCAGUUGGAAGGUAUCAUUGCCCCUCAAAAGAAGUAACUACCUGCGAACACUAUUCCACUGCCACCACACUACACAGGCAGGAAUGUAUGAUAUUGUUACAAAGUUCAGGUGUGUAUGAAGACAGAGAGAGAGAGA